AUGUCCUGUCGCGAUACCCUCAACGAGCACCUCUGCAUCGCACGUUUUGUCGCGACCUGCAGGGAGAAGGAGCGCGGCCUGGACGGGGCGCGCGAGGCGUUCGAUCUCGCCGCGGCCGUGGCGGCGCGGGAGCGCGAGCAGGAGGAGCGGGAGGAGGAAGCGGGGGAAGAGGGGGAGGAGCUGGAAGUGCGGGAUCCAGAUGCGGCGGCAGCGGCGGCUGCGGACGUGGAGAAAAUCCUAAGUGACGCGAGACGAGGGCGGGAGGAUAUAGAGGACGGGGAGGAGAGGGAGGAGGGAGAAGCGGAGGAUGACGAAGAUGAUGAGGAUGGGGAGGAUGGCGCGUUUUCAGAAACGGCGAGCAUGUAUAACGAUGCUGUGGCGGACGAGGUGACGGAGGAGGACGAGCGGGCCAUCGCGGUCUUCCUCGCAGGGGGAGGCGCGGCGCCACGUCAGCGCACGCUGGCUGACGUCAUCAUGGCGAAGAUCCAGGAGGCGACAGCUGGCGGGGCGGCGGGGGCAGCUGGGGGCGCGGGCGGCGGGGGGGGUGUGAGAGGGGGGGAAGGGGGUGAAGAGGCGGAGAGGCGGAUUCCAGGAGUGGAUGAGAAAGUGAUGGAGGUCUAUCGAGGGGUGGGGAAGCUUCUGAGUCGGUACCGGUCUGGCAAGGUCCCAAAGGCUUUCAAGAUCGUGCCAGCACUUAGCAACUGGGAGGAUGUGCUCUUUCUUACAGACCCUGACAGCUGGACGCCUGCUGCUGUCUUUGCCGCCACUCGUCUUUUUGCGUCGAAUCUCAACGCUCGUGCCGCCCAGAGGUUUUACCGGCUGGUGCUGUUGCCGAGAGUGCGUCGGGACAUUAGGCUUAAUAAGAAGCUGCACUUUGCACUGUAUCAGUCGCUCAAAAAGGCGGUUUAUAAGCCUGCCGCAUUCUAUAAAGGGGUGUUGCUGCCGCUGUGCCAGUCCCAGACUUGCACGCUACGGGAGGCGGUGAUUAUAGGGAGCGUCAUUCAGAAAGUCUCGAUUCCCGUGCUGCACUCCAGCUACUUCAUGAAGCUUCUGCUGGACAAGAAGUAUGCCCUGCCAUAUCGAGUCAUUGAUGCGGUGCCUGAUGCUGCAUUGUUCACGUUCUCAUCCGAUGCCACAAUGAGACCAUUGGUUGUCACAAAGCCCUUGGAAGAUGACUACCGUAAUCUUCCUGAAGUCCACAUUGGGAUGGAUGAAGACUAA